GUAGCAGGACUUUGCAUUCAGCACUUCAUCAUCUUUCUCAUCUCAUCAGUUAUUUAUUUGGAGCUUUAACGUAAUGUUUUCGUCUCUCCAGUACUUUUACUGCAUAGGGAACUUUGGGGACCUCUCCGCUUCUAUAACUCAAGCAGACAUCGCUGGUGGCAAAUCGCAUGGCAAGCGAUUGCUGUUUGCGAUCGACUACUAGGACUUGCCCAUCACACACACGUUAAACCACGUGGUUGCUGGCUUCUUCUGGGCAAAGUCGUUGACCAGCAGCUGGCUAACUGGCUGUCUAGUUAGCAACUUAAUAAUACAGUAUUUCAGUAACGAUAGUUUUGUUUUGUUUUUUAUAGCAAAAUGUCGCAGCUUCAGGCUAGGUUCUUUACGGACAACAAAAAAUACGUUAUAGACGAUGUUCCUUUCUCCAUCCCCGCCGUCUCGGAGAUAACAGAUCUCAGCAAUGUCAUCAACAAGCUACUGGAGGGCAAGAAUGGGGAUCACAAACAUGUGGAGUUUGACUUUCUGGUUCAAGGGCAGUUCUUGCGUUCUUCUUUGGCCACUCACUUGGAGACAGAGAACAUCUCCACGGAAGAAGUUGUUGAAAUUGAGUAUGUGGAGAAGUACACAGCUCCACAGCCAGAGGAAUGUAUCAUGCAUGAUGACUGGAUCAGUUCAGUGGAAGCAGACUCAGAAUGGAUCCUCACAGGUUCGUACGAUAAGACGGCCCGCAUCUGGUCUCUAGAAGGGAAGGCGGUUGCAACCGUGGCCGGCCACACGGACGUGGUCAAGGGCGUGGCCUGGGUGAAAAGAGAUGGCCUGAGCUCCCUGCUGCUCACCGCCUCACUGGACCAGACGGUGCUCCUGUGGGAGUGGAGCUCGGAGCGGAACAAGCUGAGAGCUCGCCACUGCUGUCGCGGCCAUGCUGGGAGCGUGGAUACCAUCUCCGUCGACCCCACGCGCUCUAAGUUUUGCAGUGGCUCUUGGGACAAAAUGCUGAAGAUCUGGUCAGCAGUUCCCACAGAGGAGGAAGAGGAGGAGGAGGAGGAGUCCAACAGGCCACGAAAGAAACAGAAGACUGAGCAGCUGGGCCCGACACGGACUCCGCUGAUGACGCUGUCGGGUCACACCGAGGCCGUGUCCAGCGUGUUGUGGAUGGACACAGAGGAGCUGUGUAGUGCAUCCUGGGACCACACCAUUCGCCUGUGGGAUGCAGAGACAGGCAGCCAAAAGAACAUGCUGACAGGAAGUAAGGUGUUUAACUGUAUCUCCUACUCACCACUGUGUCAUCGCCUGGCAACGGGAAGUACAGACAGACAUGUACGCCUGUGGGACCCGCGCUCUAAAGAUGGCUCUCUGGUCCUGCUCUCUCUAACGUCUCACACCGGCUGGGUGACUGCAGUCCGGUGGUCUCCUUCCCACGAACAGCAGCUCAUCUCCGGCUCACUGGACAACCUGGUCAAGCUCUGGGACACCAGGAGCUGUAAGGCUCCUCUGUAUGACCUGGCAGCUCACGAGGACAAAGUUCUGUGUGCUGAUUGGACAGACUGUGGGCUGAUUCUUAGUGGAGGAGCAGACAACAAACUCUACACCUACAGAUACUCAGCCUGCUUGUCAGACGCUGGGGCAUAAGUCAUGCUCACCCAUUUCCAUGGCAACACUGGGAUACACCAACCAUGCGAUGGAACACAGUACCAACAUCUAAACACACCAUGAAGCUUUAGAAGGCCAUCAAGAUCUUUGCUCCUCAGGACUGAAUCAAGAGUAAUGUUCACUAUACAGUGGAUUUAAACAGUGUUUUAGUAUUUUUGAUAUGUGCUUUAUUGUUCCCCUUUUACAUCUUUGCCUUUAUAUUCACAUUAAGUGUAAAGACAUUAUUAGCUGAUAUAUCUGUAUUAAAUGGAGUAAUACAGCCUCUUCAAAUAAUCUGUCAUUCACUUGAUGGUAUGAGCAUAAUUAGUUCAAAUGUUCUGUGAUCACUGUUAUGGCUGCAGAUUAUGGACAACUACUGUAUUCUAAUAUCUUCAAUUAUAUAAAAAUGACUUGGUUUACUGUUAACAGGACAUGGUUAAAGACUGGCCUGUAGAAGACUUGUCUGGAAUGUGAGAUUUGUUAAAAAGUUCACUGCACAAAGGAAAAUCCCUUGUAAUUUGUAAUAAAGGGCUCGUUUGUAUAUUGCAA